GGUCCAGGGUUAGGUUAGGGUUAGGUUAGAGUAUGCUCGUCGAUAAUCGCUCGUGCGUUUCACGAUCUCGAGAACACUCAUAUUGAUGAACGACAAGGCGUGAAGUUAAAGAUUAGUUUCGGCGUCUAUAUGCAGGCGCAGUGCCUUGACGAGAGGCAGGAAGCUUUCAGGAUUGACAGUGACAACGCAACUCCGAGCAUCGAGCUGGUAUAAGUGUCGUCACCGUCGUGUUCGGACGAGGGCACCAUUCGGAGAAAAAUGUCAAAGAUCGAAGAGGCGAACGAGCACAUACGCCAGGCUGAAAAAGCCUUAAAACCUACUUUCUUGAAGUGGCGACCCGAUUAUGAGGUAGCGGCUGACGAGUACUCACAUGCAGCAACAUGCUUUCGAGUAGCCAAGUCGUAUACUCAGUGCAAAGUCUGUUUAGUGAAGGCAGCCGAUUGUUACAAACAUACCAAAUCAUGGUUCCAUGCAGCAAAGAACAUCGAGCAGGCUCUGCUCAUCUGCAAAGAAAUGGGAGAUUUGUCCGAGGUGUCGAAACUAGCUCACAGUGCCUGCAGCCUUUUCCAGCAGCACGGCUCCCCUGAAUCAGGCGUGACUGCUCUUGACAAGGCAGCCAAGAUGCUGGAAGCUACACAGCCACAGCAGGCUCUCGAGCUGUUUAAACGUGCAGCCGAUAUAAUUAUGGGCGAGGACAGUCCACGACAUGCAGCAGAAUACAUGAGCAAGGCUGCGAGACUACUGGUAAGGCUGCAGAUGUACGACGAGGCGGCAGACGCGAUACGUCGUGAAAUUGGCAUGUAUCAGGAUUGCAAGCUUUGGCAGUCACUUGGAAGGCUCACCGUGGCGCUGGUAUUGGUGCAAUUGGCGCGAGGUGACCAAGUUGCGGCCGAGAAGGCCUUCAAAGAAUGGGGUAACUUCUGCGAACCCCCCGAAGUGCAAACGUUGGAGAUGCUACUGCAGGCUUACGAUAACGAGGACGCGGAUGCAGCUCGGGCAGCCCUUAACAGUCCCUUCAUCAAGCACAUGGACGUCGAAUAUGCCAAGCUAGCGCGCGGUUUGCCUUUACCACAACAGGAAUACGCUAUCCCGCCCGCUGGAGUGAGAGCCAACGCUGCAGAGUCCUAUGUUUCUCCUAACGCGUCCAAGACCAGCGGACAGGCUACCACCGAAGCGGAAGUUAAUCACGCGAAGAACGAAGCCAGCGAAACUAGUCAAUCAAAGGAAAAGGUGGCCGAGAAGAAGCCGCAAGCACCGCCGCCGAAACCGGCGCAACAGCAGGAGGACGAGGAAGACUACGAGGGAGGCCUGUGCUAAUCGUCUUUGCAUGUAAAAAAGAACCCUGUAUCGCUUAUCAACUUUUAACUGUGUAACGCUUGCAUGUAUAUUGAGCGUUUCGUCGAAAGCAUAUUGUUCGCUUUAAGAGAAUUUAUCUUUCACCUUAACUCUUAAAACUUCACUUUCAGAAUUACACGGAAUGAAAUGCGAAAAGAAGGCAAUCUAUCCCUCUUUUUUGUUUUUUCUUUACAUCUUAAAUUUUCGUCAAUGUGGAUACGUCUGGUCACUUUAACUUUUUCUCUCUAUAGAAUUCUCACGAAAGUUCCAAGGUUUAACAUAAAACAAAAGAAGAAAACCCCAGGAAUGUCACGCGGAGAGAGUAUAUUUUUGUUGAAAAAAAAACUUAUAUAAUGUACCACCAGAAACGGAAGAAAUUAAUUAUCUCCUUUGAUUGCGACAGUAAAAAUACUUCAGGUCCAUCCUUCGCGAAUUACGUCUGAGAGAUAUCCUUUCUCAAAAUCGUUGUCAAUCAAAGGAAAUAAGCGUUUUGACAAUUCGGCUUUCUGAUGGGGCAUCUUGUAUAUAGCGACAUCGUAAACGUAAAUAGGACGUCUACAUUUUAUUUUUUAUUUUUACAUGGAUGAACACGUCGUGUAUGCGUGCGUAACGUAUGUGUGUAUGUGUACCCCUCCCUCGGCAAGCUCCGAGUAUUUCCAUAUUUUUAAUUAAGAGAAUUAGCCGACGUUGUACAUACUUUAAUUGGAAAACGAGACAUUCCUCAGCGAAAGCAGAGAUAUUUAAUUUUACAGCACCAUCCUAGUGAAAUCGUUAUACUGAACUGUUAUGAUUAAGAGAGUUUAAAAGAGAAAAAAAAACAAAUAUAUCCCGAGA